AUGGAAAAUAUCUUUUUUGGUGGAGUAUAAAAAGCUGCAGAUGAUAUUAUUGAAAAGCUAGAGAGAAUCCCUUAAAGAAACUUAAACAUGAAAGUUCAUAAUAAGAAAGAAUAAACAAAGAGCUAAAAAUAUGCCAAAUUCUCCUUUCGUCCUGAAUUUUCAAUGGAAUAAUCUUUAGAUAAACUUUAAGUAAUUUCAUAUUGAUAUUGAUAGGAAUAUUGUAAUGUUUGCAAUAAGAGAAUAAUUAAAUUUAAAGGAUUCAAAGGAAACUUUAAAAUUGAAAACUGGAUGAAUGUUGAAACAAAAUUGAGAAAUAUCAAUGGUUUAAAAUCAAUUGCAUUCAUUGACACAUAAUUAGAUAAGGAACAUUUAGAUGUUUUAAGCAAAUGGCUAUCUUGGAUAGAACCUUAGAAAUUAAUUAUUGAGUUAUAAUAAAAUGAACUAGAUAAUGAAGAUUUAUGUGAUUUUCUCUAUUUUUUAUUUGAGAGACGAAUAGAUAUUAGAUAUGUAAGAAUUUAUUUUAAAUUAGAUUUACAUAAUUGGAAAUCCAGGAAUUUAUAAAGGAGUCUUCUUAAAGGAAUUUUAAUAAUUUUUAAUUCGUAACUUUGCAACAAAUUAGUUUCAUUAUUAUAAAUUAAUUAAAAAUAAAAAAGCUUUAUCAAUUGCUAUAGUCUAGAUAUAAAGAAGCAAAAACGAUGAAUAAAUAAAAAAGAAAAUAGAGAAAGCUAUUUAAAAAAUUGAUUAAACAUAAUAUUAUAAAUUAGAUCUAAAAAAUUGUUUUACUGAGAAAAAUUGGUAAGGAUUUUAGGAUCUUAUAAUAAAAACUUAUAGAGAAGAUAAUUUGGAAUCUUUAUCAUAUUUAGAUAUUAGUGAUAAUUUUUUAGGUACUUAAAAUGCUUUCAAUAAUAUGUGUACAUUAAUGUCAUCAGCAAAAGGUUUAUUAGUUUUAAAAAUAGCUAAUUAACCUUUAAUCCAUAAUUCAAAUACUAUAGAACUAUUAUAAGGAAAUAGAUAUGAUAAUUUAAAAUUAAAAGAAAUAGACAUUUCAAAUAAUUCAUCUAUGACUGAGAAAGCAUUUCAAUUAUUAUCAGAUAAUAUAUUUUAGUAUUGUAAUAAAAUAGAUAUUAAUGAUUGUUUAAUUGAAUAAUAUUCAACGAUGUUGAAAUUCUUUUUUAUGGUAGAAUCAUUCCUAAAAAAAACAAAAUAAAAAAAAUAACUAUUUUAAUAAAGUAAUUAUAUUAUUAUUAAUAUAGAAAAAAUAAUUAAAUAUGAUCUUUUAAAGGUUCUAGAUUUAAGAACUGUAGAAAAUUACAAUCGUUAUGAUUAAAUAGAGAGUCUUUUGAUGAAUACAGUAUUUACUGAAUUUAGUAGUAUAAAAACCUUAUGUAAUGAUUAUUUAUAUGCAUAGAUUUUUAAGAUCUUGAUCCAGGAAGAUGUGAAGCUUAUAUUAGAGCUAAAUAAAAAUUUAUCAAGCAAACUCUGCAAUUGAAAAAAGAAGGUUCAAUCUUUUCAGAAUAUAAAAAUAGCUUAAAUAAACUUGUCUUCUCGAAAUAAUAAUAUAGAAAUGAUACUAAUAUAAUGACAGAUUUCUUCUUAGAGUAUUUUUUUACUGAAAAAGAUACAAUUAUUGAAAUUGAAUUUUUUGAAAUUUAAACUGGCACAUUAAGUAAUAUCUCUAGGGCUAAAGGAUUAGAAUUAGCUUGUCAAGAAAUUAUAAAGAAAACUAAAACUAAUCCUAAUCUUAAAUAUUCGAUAAAAAAGGUAUUAAUGAAUGAAGCAGACUUUUAAAUGAAUUUUGAUACACUCAAAUGUUUUUUAUAUUUACCUUCUGUCUAAUUAGAAGAAUUUAUCUUUUAGAAUGAUUUAAUGUAUUUUUAAUGGGAUCUUUGGUAUAAAGAAUCAACUAUCUUUUUUUCGAAUUUACAAGAAGGAUAAUAUCAUAGUUUGAAAACUUUAAAACUUUUCAAUGUUGAUGAUAUAAUAAUUGAAAUCAAUUAAUUUUUGGAAAUGUUUAUUUUUAACUCUAAAAUUAAUUUAAAAGAACUAGAGCUGAUAAAAAUUAUUACCAAAAAUACAUAAUAAAGUAAUAAAAACUUGAUAUCUAUUAUUGAGAAAACUAAUAACACUUGUUUGGAGAAACUAUCGUUUGGUUAAUUUUAAGGAGAAGGGGAGGAUAUAAUUUUCUAAGUGGUCGUUUUUAAUUAAAAAAUAAAGCUGAAAUAUUUAUAAUUAAAUAAUAUCAAAAUCUAAAAUUAUUUAGAUUCUAUUGAUAAACUUGUUUAAAGUAAUGCAGAUUAAAAUCCACUUCAAUUUAUACACACAAUUGAAUUUAUAAAAAUAUCAAUAGAUACAGUAGAAGACUGGAAAAGAGUGUUAAGAAUAUUUUUUAUAAAUUAGAGGCUAUCUCUGAAAGUAUUAUACUUUAAAGAUACUAUUUUAAAUAAAUGGUAUUCAGAAGCAAUUAAAAUAUUACUAUAACCUUAUGAAUAAGAAAUAUUUAUUGCAAUUUAAUAGAAAUAAGAAGUUGGAUAGAUUGAUAAAGAUAUAGAUAAUUAAAAAAAAGAUUCUGAAAUAUAGAAUCAGAAUAUUAUAUUACCAUUUUCAUUAUAAGAAUUACAUUUUGAAUAAUGUCACAUAUAAGAUGAUGUUUUGAAAGGGUUUUUAGUUAUUUGUGAAUUAAAUUGUUUAUCUUUUAUUAAUUGCUAAGAAUUAGACUAUGGGUUAAAAAAAACGAUAGAUUUAAUUAAGAUUUAACAAUUAGAGCUAUAUUAUUCUUAUAAAAUUAAAUCGUUUAAUUGUAAAAGUUCUGUCAUAACUGAUAUUGCUAUCUUUAAAUUUCUAAUAAAUGGGAUUGUGCUUAAUAAAAAUAGAUAAAUGCUGUAAAUAUUAAAUUUAGAAAGUUGUAAUUUAAAUGAUGACAUGAUGCAAAUCCUAUCUUAAUAGUUUUCAGAAAUUAAAGAAGAACAAAAAUUUUAUAAUAGAGUUUUUAUAUUAAGAGAUAUUUAUUUGAGUAAUAAUAAUUAAAUCUCACUUAAUGUUUGGAAAUAAUUUUGGGAUGUUUUAUUAAAUGAAUAAGCAAAUAAAAAAAAAGAGAUGAAUGAAGAUCAAUCCAUAAAUAUUGCUGUAGAACAGGAUCUAAUUAAUUAAUUAACAUAAGAUGAAGAAAUAAUAAAAAAUUAAACUUAAAAAUUAAUUGAAACUUCUUAAUUAUGUUUGAAAGAAAAAAUUCUUUAUAAUUUUAAAAAAUUCACUCCUUAAUUUCCAAAAUAGAUAACCAGUUUAAAAUUAAAAAUGAAUUUUUCAAAUAUUGAUGAUUCUGCACAAUAAUUUUAAUAUUAUCGAAUAAUUGCUGGUUUUAUUAUUCAUCCAGAUAGUUAAUUAAAAUAUUUAGAAUUGGAUUUCCUAAAUAUGAUUGUCUUUAUUAAGGCAUGUUUAGAAGCUUUUGAAUUUUCUAAAUUAUUUUUCGAAUAUGCUUUGAAGAUAUCUAAAUAAAAUCAUAAAAGUUAAAUAAAAUAAAUAAAAUUGACAAAUUUAUAAACAAAUAAUUUAGAAAGCACUGAAAGCUUUGUUUAGAUGUUCAUUUGCUCCAAAUAUAUUGAUUUGACUAAAUUAUUUAUUUCUGGAUGUAAAUAACCUUUGAUUCACUUAAUCUUAAAGAAUAUUAACAGAAGAGAAGAUUAUUUAUUAGAAGAAUUAAUCCUUGAAGAUUAAGAUGAAAUUUUAGAUUAAAAUGAUACAAUAAAUUAUAUUUAAUGGUUAAUUUUUGGACAAAAAAUGCCUAUUAAAAAACUAUAUAGUUCUGUUGAUUUAUCUGAUUUAAAUUUAGAAACUUUUGAAUAAAGUAUUUUGUAGUAAUCAAAAUUAGAAUCAAUAAUCAUUAGCUAUAAAAAAUCUCACAAUUAUAAAAUUUAUAGUAUAAUUUUGAGUAAAUUACUCUCCUCUAAUUUAUUCGAAUUGACUAUCAAUUUAACUGAUGGAACAACUAUUUUAGAAGAAUCUUUAAAUAAAAUUGAUGAUUUUUCUAAAAUAAAUUUAAAGAUUUUGAAAUUUAAAGGAGAUUUAAAAAUUAAUAAAAAAUUAUUGUAAAUAAUUUUAAACAUGUUAAACAAAUUAGAGUUUUUAUAAAUUAAUUAAAUAUUAUUAGAAGAGGAAGUAGAAAUUUAUGAAUUAUUAGAGGAGAUUGAAUUGAAAUUAAAUAAUAAUGUGAAAUUUGAUAUAAAAUCAAUAAUUGGAAUUGACACAAGAUAUUUAUUUGAAAGAUUUUUUUUAAAUCCAAAAAUAGGAAUAAGAGAAAUUAUUUUAAGAGACCCUUAAUUAUUUUGUUAUUUAAGAACAAGCAAUAUUGAACAAAAAUUAAGGUAUUUGAAUUUAACAACAGAUUAAGAAGAUUAUACUGAAAAAAGACUAAAUACAGAAGGACUUUAUGUAAUAGGUUAGAUGCUUAUAUAUAAUGAAUAGAGUGUUUUAGAAGAGUUGGUGUUAAAUUCAUGUCAUUUACAUAUGAAAUGUAUUGAUGCAUUAUGCUAUGACGCUUAUGCAUUUUAAGAAAAAAUUAAAAAAGAGGGUCGAUAAAAAACAGCUUAAUUAACAAUUAAGAGAGUAACAAUUUAUAAUUCAUAAUUUAUGGAAGAUGAUGGUAUUAAUACUUUGAAUAAGAAUUUAUUAUAUUUUGAAUAUAUCAAUAUGGAAAGAUUUGAAGUUUAAUUAACUAAUUGGAAUAAUGCAAAUACUAAAAGCUUAUGUUAAGCAGCUUAAAAAUGGUUGUAGUUUUAAAAAGAAUAUUAAAGAUAAUUUUAAUUACAAUAUCCUCUUAAAUAUUUAGAUUUAGGAAGAAAUGAGUUUGUUGAUGAACAAGAAGUUUGGAAUAAUUUUUUAUAAACUUUUGUAUUUACAGAUAAUACUCCUAAUUUGGAGACAUUAAAUAUUCAUUUUAUGGGUUUUAAUGAUUUGAAAGUUUAAUAUUUAAUAUCAGAAGCACUUUAGUUCUUUUCAAAAAAACCUUAAAAUUAUAAAUUUAAUGUUAAAAAAAUUAAUUUUUCUCACAAUAAUUCUCUUACACAUGUAGGAUGGUAAAAUAUAUUUAAAAACUUCUUUUUUCAUCCUAAAGUUGAAUUAAUAGAAUUAAAUAUGACCAGUACAAUGCUUGAUAGUUAAAUAAAAUUGAAUGUAAUUUCUGAUGUAAUUAAAGAAAGAGCACAAAAUUAUCCUAACAAAAAAGUACCUUUACAUACAUUAUUAUGUUAUAAUGUAAGUUUAAAAGAUUAUGUGGCUGAUUAUUUAUCUGAGUAACCCAUAAAUUAUCAGAUUCCUCAAGAUUUACCAGUUGAAAUAGAAUAUAAUAAUAGUACAAAUGUUGGAUAUUUUGAUGGGGAACCAGAGUCGUUUGGUGAUAAAUUAUAACUAUUCUAAAGACUUAUAAAAUAUAGAUAAAAAAUUGUUUUUUUAAAAGAUUGGACUAUUUUAAGAUCUAAAUUUUCUACUUAUCAUCUGAAUAUAUGUGAUCAUUAUUUGAAGAUUUUUAAUUAGUAUUUAAAAUAAAAAGGAAAUGAUUAAAUGGAUAUAAUUCUAAGUUUAAAAUCUCUUGAUAAUUUUGCAAAUCAUUUUGAAUACAUUACUUAAUAUCCUGGUUAACCAUAUCCAUACAAUUUGAUAUUUUAAUAAUAAACUUUUGAGUAUUUUAAAUAAAAAGAAUGUAAAAUCUUUAAAAUUAAGAUAAUUUAAACUGAGUUUGCUGAAUUAGAAUAGAUUAAUUAAUUCUAAAUUUUGAAACUAUGGCAUAAUAUUAAAAAUACAAAUACAAGUAUAGAUUAGAUUUAAAUUGAAUAUGAUCUUAACGAUGAUUUGAUAGAUGAAAUGUUUAAAUAAGGUAAUAAUGAAAGAGAUAUUAUUUCUCUGAUUAGGCUCAUUCCUCCAUCUAAAAUUCGUAUUGAUAAAUCUUUAAGUUUAUAAGCCAUUAAAGCUAUAUAUUCAAUAUUGUAUGACACAUAUUAUUUUAAAUACUCUAUCAUAAGUUAUAGCUUUGAUAAUUUCUUAAAUGUUGGGAUAGGCUAUUCUUUAAGAGAAGUAUUUUAUAAUUAUCAUACAACUGGACCAAUAGGUAAAUUUAUUAAAAAACUUUUCUAUAAAUUUUUUGACUUCUUUGUGAAACCUACAAAAAAAUACUUAUUCAAUGAUGAAGUAAAAUAAUUAAAUAAUUAUUUAUCUAAAUAAAAGUUGUACUUUUUAAUUAUUGUUAUCACAAACAUUUUAUAUUUCCUAAUAACACUAGCUGGUCCUUAUCUUUUUACAUAUAAGUUUUUAGAAAAAGAUUCAACAUAAUUGACAAAAUAAUAUCUUUGUAUAAAUGGUACUAGUAAAGAAGCAUCAUAUUUAUAUUAUGCUUUUGCUGCCCUUACUUUAUUAACAGAAGCAAUCCUUUACUAUAAAAUAGCAUAACUUGUACCUAAUCAUGCCGAAAGAAUAAUUGUUAAUAAAAUUGUUUGUGAUGAGUAAUAGGAAGAUUAAGAUUAAUAAAAACAUUUGGGUUAAGAAUCAGAAAAACUUAACAAUAAAGUUUUCCCUUCUUCAGAAGAAGAUGCUAUUAUCCUUACAAGUAAACAUUAAAAUCAAAGCAAUAGUUUAUUUAAAAAAAUGACAACAGUAGUUAAUAAAAAAAUAUAAUCUUUAACUGCUUAGGCAUAAGAAUUUACAUAAUCUAAGUGGGGAAUAUUAUUUAGUUAUUCUUUGACUUUAUUAAGUUCUUAAUUAUUCAAAUUUGAUUUAUAUAAUGAUGUUGUUUUUAUAUUGAAUGCUUACCAUUGUGAAGAAUUUAUAAUAUAUGUUUUAGCUUUAAUAUCUACUGCAUUUUCAUAAGGAAUUUAUCUUUCAUAAUUUAUUUAUUUGAUAAGUUAGAGAGUAAUUUACGAUGAUAAGACUGCUAAACUUUUAUCUUCUAAAUAUAUAAAUGAUUUCUAUUAAUUAAGUUUCCUUGGUAGAAAUGCAGCACUUUCAACCAUUUUAGACUCUACUGCCCCAUUUAAUGUUACAAUCAUUCCAAAUACAAAAAUUGGAAGAUAUUUCUUUCCAUACCAUGCUGGAAAAGCUAUGAGUAAUUUAGUUAAAGCCUAUUUUUUUUAAUUUAUUUUUGAAGAUCUACCUUAAACACUUUUAUAAAUGCUUUUUAUUGUGAAUCUAACUAUCAAAAGAUCUGGUCAAUUAUCACCAUAAGUUUAUAUUUCAAUAUUAACUGCUAUUUUCACAGCCUUAUCAUCUUUUUAUAAGUAUUAAUUUUCAUUAUUUAUAUUAGAUUUUUGUCAAUAANAAAAAACUUUUCUAUAAAUUUUUUGACUUCUUUGUGAAACCUACAAAAAAAUACUUAUUCAAUGAUGAAGUAAAAUAAUUAAAUAAUUAUUUAUCUAAAUAAAAGUUGUACUUUUUAAUUAUUGUUAUCACAAACAUUUUAUAUUUCCUAAUAACACUAGCUGGUCCUUAUCUUUUUACAUAUAAGUUUUUAGAAAAAGAUUCAACAUAAUUGACAAAAUAAUAUCUUUGUAUAAAUGGUACUAGUAAAGAAGCAUCAUAUUUAUAUUAUGCUUUUGCUGCCCUUACUUUAUUAACAGAAGCAAUCCUUUACUAUAAAAUAGCAUAACUUGUACCUAAUCAUGCCGAAAGAAUAAUUGUUAAUAAAAUUGUUUGUGAUGAGUAAUAGGAAGAUUAAGAUUAAUAAAAACAUUUGGGUUAAGAAUCAGAAAAACUUAACAAUAAAGUUUUCCCUUCUUCAGAAGAAGAUGCUAUUAUCCUUACAAGUAAACAUUAAAAUCAAAGCAAUAGUUUAUUUAAAAAAAUGACAACAGUAGUUAAUAAAAAAAUAUAAUCUUUAACUGCUUAGGCAUAAGAAUUUACAUAAUCUAAGUGGGGAAUAUUAUUUAGUUAUUCUUUGACUUUAUUAAGUUCUUAAUUAUUCAAAUUUGAUUUAUAUAAUGAUGUUGUUUUUAUAUUGAAUGCUUACCAUUGUGAAGAAUUUAUAAUAUAUGUUUUAGCUUUAAUAUCUACUGCAUUUUCAUAAGGAAUUUAUCUUUCAUAAUUUAUUUAUUUGAUAAGUUAGAGAGUAAUUUACGAUGAUAAGACUGCUAAACUUUUAUCUUCUAAAUAUAUAAAUGAUUUCUAUUAAUUAAGUUUCCUUGGUAGAAAUGCAGCACUUUCAACCAUUUUAGACUCUACUGCCCCAUUUAAUGUUACAAUCAUUCCAAAUACAAAAAUUGGAAGAUAUUUCUUUCCAUACCAUGCUGGAAAAGCUAUGAGUAAUUUAGUUAAAGCCUAUUUUUUUUAAUUUAUUUUUGAAGAUCUACCUUAAACACUUUUAUAAAUGCUUUUUAUUGUGAAUCUAACUAUCAAAAGAUCUGGUCAAUUAUCACCAUAAGUUUAUAUUUCAAUAUUAACUGCUAUUUUCACAGCCUUAUCAUCUUUUUAUAAGUAUUAAUUUUCAUUAUUUAUAUUAGAUUUUUGUCAAUAAGACCUACUAAUUUACUUUAAGAAGAUUUUGAUACAUUGGCUUUAAAGUAAAAUGCUAAUUAUAAUUUACAAACUAAAUAAUGCUUACAAGAAGAAUAGUCUUAAAUAUCAAAUUAUAUAAGUUUAUUCAAAAAUCCAAAUCAUGAAUUAAUCCAGAUUGAAUAGUCAGAAGAAGAAAGACAAACACUAUUAAAUUGA